AUGAAUAAAACUACGGAAAAGCAAGGAAAUCGGACGGCAUUCAUACGACAACCAGCUCGAGUGUUACUGGUCGACUAUAGUCCUCCAUUUGACGCAGAUACAUGUGAAUACCUUCAUGAUACUUUGGUGAAUUUCUUUUCACUUGUGACGCACCUCAGCGGGCCUUGUAGAACACCAUUCUUUGGUUUGAUUGCUCUCACAAGCCCUAUUGAGAACCUUUUUAACUUACAACAUGUCCGAGGAAACUUUCCAAAGCUUCACACUGCCUUUAAAGAACUUAAUAACAUCGCAAGGGAUGUUUCAUCUAGGGUCUCUUCAGACGUUAUCAUACAAGGGCUUAAGGAAGCUAUAACACAGUUCAAACGCCAGUCGCAAAGUCUGAGACAGAUGAGUACAUCUAACUGCCAGCUAGAGAUUACAUUCCUCACCUGCAGAGCGGCCACGUCAGUUGUGAGACACAUCGAGGCGUUCUUCAAAGAUAUUGAGCUUGAAAACAUAAAGAAAAUCCAGGUUGUCAUUGUGCAAAGUUCAGAAGAACUAAAUAGAAAAGAAGGUGGCACUCCAUCUGAAAGUAGCAGUUCACCAGAUGGUGACGAAAGCGAGUUAUCGGAUGGUGGACUUGUAGAUGUCGUUUCCCUCGGGAAAGGGGAUCAUAGUCAAGAUAAUGUCACCGAGACAAGUCUUACUCUGAAGUGUGAUCUCCACGAAUGCCUACUGGACCCUUUUCAUCUGCCUUACCAAUCACACCUGACUGUGUGCGCAGAAUCGGCUAACGUCACCAGCAAAGGUGUAGCAAUAACAAAACCACGUGUACUAAACUAUCCAGUUCACAAUUUAACUGCAAUGAAACUCGUUAAUACAGAGGCUGUUUGCGAGUCAGUGCUCUUUGGAAUGCCAUACAUUGUUCGACCAACAGUUUGUUGGAAACUAGACUGGGAAGAACUGGAGAGCAAUCGGCAGCAAUUUUAUGCUUUGUGCUCAGUACUGAAAGAACGGACCACCGGUCCCACUGUGGCUUUACGGCGUCAUCAAAUGGCGAUUACAUCCUCCUCUCCUCAAGGACAUUUCCUUUUCCUCCCUUUUGACAAUUCACUACUGUUGAAGUCUAUCGCAGUCAAGGAGUUGAUGCUACCUAGUAUUGUUCAAUCAUCAGCGGAGAAACCUUGUGAUAAUGCGCUAUCAGUUGUGGCCUCGUGUCUAGACCAGAUUGAGGUCUGCGAUUCAUACAAUCCUCUCCUUGUUCAAUCAAAUCUGUACAAGUGUCUCAUAGCUCAGUCCAUCAAGAGUAAUUCUGUUUCAAAAUCGGUGAAAAAGAGAUUUCAGGCUCCUCAGAAAUCUCAGGCUUCCAAGCAAGAGGGAAGGAGUAAUCAAUCGGUGGCAAAUCAACAAUCAAAGAGGACAACAUCUCGAGCGCAAAUGCAACAAGUGGUUUUCACAGCACCUAACGAAACCGUUUCUAACACUUCACAAAACGAGUUUAGAUCUGCAGCCGCCGUAUUUUCCUCUUCCAAACGCUUCAGAUCAAAUUCUGCGGCAAACCUAUAUAACAGCAACCCACCAGCAUUUCCUGACGACUUGUAG